UGUAAAUAGAGCGGGCGCGAGGCGGGCGUUAGUCAUUUUCUGUUCGUUUACUCGAGAAGCAGUAUCAUGCCCGAUCCAGCCAAGACCGCGCCCAAAAAGGGAUCAAAGAAAGCCGUGACCAAGACGGCCGGCAAAGGAGGCAAGAAGCGCAGAAAGUCCAGGAAGGAGAGCUACGCCAUCUACGUGUACAAGGUCUUGAAGCAGGUGCAUCCUGACACCGGCAUCUCAUCCAAGGCCAUGGGCAUCAUGAACUCCUUUGUGAAUGAUAUUUUUGAGCGCAUCGCCGGUGAGUCUUCUCGUCUGGCUCACUACAACAAGCGCUCCACCAUCACCUCCAGGGAGAUCCAGACCGCCGUGCGCCUGUUGCUUCCCGGCGAGCUGGCCAAGCACGCCGUGUCCGAGGGCACAAAAGCCGUCACCAAGUACACCAGCUCCAAGUAAAGCACGUUACCGCCGUCUUCAUCAACCCAACGGCUCUUUUAAGAGCCACCCACUUUUCAUACAAAGAGUCAUUUCCUCUCUUUCGUUUUUUCUCUCGCUGUGUGUGUGUGAGGGGAAGAGGGAGGGGGACUUCCUCCAGAGACAUUUCCCUUGACCCGAGCUCCACCAGGGGACUUCUGAAGCGCUGCACUCCCGCGGAGGUUGAGGCUUUUGAGUAAUUCUAGCAGUCCGCUAAAUGCAGAGAUGAGUAAAUCUAAACAGGGUUGUAGCACGGUUUCGGGGGUUGCAUAAUCUGAGCAAUGCAAAACGGGACUUCAGCAGCACGAAGUUAUUCGUAUUAAGAUUGUAGCAACAGGAAGUAGUUGAAAAUGGUUUUCUAGUAGCACAUAAUCAUUCUACAUCAGGGGUGCCCAAACUUUUUCCUGUGAAGGGCAAAAAAUCAAACUUGAUUGAGGGCUGUGGGCCAAAAGUACAUGUUGCAUUAUACCAAACUGUAUUAUAUUAAAAUUACACUUGCCA